UCCAGAGUCAUUCGAGUCUUCGAGACGUUCACCGGUUGAACGUCGUCUUCGUGGAGAAAAUAAAGGAUUUUACUCCAAGAGGAAUUUUCCGACGAUUCCUGCGUAUAAUUUCAAGGAAAUUUCGGGAAAAUGUCUGAUAGAGGAGUGGGAAGGGGUAGAGGAGGUCCUCCAGCUCUCCAAGGUGCCUGGGGUCAGCGUCAGGCUGCAACUUCGUCUAUUGGACGUUCUGUGAGGGCACCAACUCCUAUUCAAGCUCCCCUACCCCCUCAGCACUGCGGAGAAGGUGGAGCUCUGCCUCCAUUGCCCGUAGUUGGACAAAUGGGACCUGGUGGUGAUGCAGGUGGUCCUGCAGGUGGUGGUGCAGGAAGAGGUACCAUGAGAGGAAGAAUGGUUGUUCACCCUGACAUCCUGAAUACUCGUCCGGAGAGUAAUACUAACAAGAAUGGAAAUAUUGGAGAGCGUAUACAACUACUUGCCAACUACUUCAAGAUCACCACUAAACCAGAUUGGUGUCUUUAUCAGUAUCGAGUGGAUUUCGCCCCUGAGGAGGAUCGAACGAUCGUGAAGAAGGGACUGCUGAGGCUCCACAGGGAGACCCUUGGCUCUUACAUUUUCGAUGGAACAGUCAUGUACACUGCCAACAGGCUAAUCCCUCCCAAUGGACCUGAUAUGGAGCUGUUUGGCCAACGUAGAUCAGAUGGUGAGAAUAUUCGAAUUACAAUUCGAUUGGUUGGGGACAUGGUGAAGGGUGAUCCCCAUUAUCUCCAAUUCUACAACAUCAUGGCGAGACGAUCUCUGGAGCAUCUGCAGCUGCAGCUCGUUGGGAGGAACUACUUCGAUCCAGCAGCCAAGGUAAUGGUAGCAGAGCACAAAUUUGAGCUGUGGCCGGGGUACAUCACGUCGAUUCGUCAGCACGAGAAGGAUAUUCUCAUGUGCGCUGAGAUAAAUCACAAAGUGAUGAGACAGGAGACACUGUUGGACAUCCUUGGGAGAAUGAGGGGUGAAGCUGGUGCUGUCAAUUAUCAGAAUGCAUACAAAAAUGAAGUGAUCGGUCUCACUGUUCUGACAGAUUACAACAACAAUACAUAUCGAAUUGAUGAUGUGGAUUUUGGUGCUUCCCCCAAGUCGACCUUUCACCUGAGACGAGAGGACAGAGAUGUCAGUUAUCAGGACUACUACAGGGUGAAAUACAAUAUAAUCAUUCGAAAUGGCUCCCAGCCGAUGCUGGUGAGUCGCUCUUCUGCACGUGAUCGUCGAGCUGGUGUUGCCGAAGUUGUUUACCUUGUGCCUGAGUUGUGCAGAGCAACUGGACUCACUGACACCAUGAGAAAUGAUUUUCGCCUGAUGAUUGCGAUGGGCCAGCACACGAGGGUCACCCCUGACAGGAGAAUCGAUAUGCUGUUGGCUUUUAAUCGAAGGCUCAACUCUGAGCCACUGGUUCAGGAUGAAUUCAGAAAUUGGAAUCUCGUUCUUGAUAGGGAUCUUGUCAGGGUGCCAGGUAGGCGUCUGCCUGAGGAGAAAGUCUUCUUCGGUGCUGACAAAGUUGUGACUUCUGGUUCUGAUGGGGAUUGGACCAGAGCCAUCAAGGACAGUCAACUGCUCGUAUCCAAUCAACUCAAUUCGUGGGUUGUUAUUGUGCCUUCCAGGAUUUCCAGGGAUGCCAGGGGCUUUUGUGAUGGGAUGCGUCGCUCGAUCAGGAACUUCCGUGCAGGUGAGCCUCACUUCAUCGAGAUCAACAACGACAGAUCAGAGUCUUACACAACAGCCCUGGAGCAGGUAUUGAGUAAGAACAGGCCUCAACUAGUGAUGUGCAUUCUGAUGAGAAAUCGUGCAGAUACUUAUGCAGCAAUAAAGAAGAAGUGCUGCAUCGACAGGGCAGUGCCAAGUCAGGUGGUGACAGCUCGUUGCUUCAAGCCCCAGGGGAUGAUGUCAAUAGCAACGAAAGUGGCAAUUCAAGUGAAUUGUAAAAUUGGUGGAAUUCCCUGGACUGUUCACAAUCCCCUGAGUGGCCUGAUGGUUGUUGGAUUCGACGUGUGUCACGACACCAACAGAAGGGGCACGGAUUUUGGUGCAAUGGUUGCAUCACUAGACAAGAAGCUCUCGCGUUUCUUCUCAGCAGUUUCAGCUCACACAACAGGUGAAGAGCUGUCGAAUUAUCUUGCUACCAACAUGGUGAAGGCUAUAGCAGCCUAUCGAGAGGUGAACGGUGGAAAUAUUCCCUCUCACAUAAUAGUCUACAGAGAUGGUGUGGGUGAGGGGCAAAUUCCAUUUGUCUUCGAUCACGAGGUCAAGCAUGUCAGGGAUGCUAUCAGCAAGCUCUAUGCUAAUCCAGCUCAGGUGAAGCUCGGAUAUGUCCUGGUUACCAAGAGAAUCAACACUAGAUUCUUCCAGGGGAAGAGGAAUCCCCUACCGGGAACGGUUGUUGAUAGUGUUGUCACUAAUCCAGCCAAGUACGACUUUUUCCUCAUAUCCCAGGGGGUGAAACAGGGCACUGUCUCACCCACGUCGUACUCGGUUAUCUAUGACACCACUGGACUCGAUGCUGAUAAGAUGCAGCUCCUUGCUUAUAAGAUGACGCACAUCUAUUUCAAUUGCAGCACGACAAUGAGAGUUCCUGCUCCAGUACAAUUCGCUCACAAACUCGCUUUCCUUGUCUCUCAAUCCAUUCACACUUCACCCACUGAUCCUCAUCUCCAGAAACUCCUCUAUUUCCUGUAAGAUUGGUUGAAUUACGAGGAGGACACUUUGGAAACUUUCUACACUGGGAAAAAUAGACAUUCAUUUCUGUUAAUCUCAUUUAUACACUGGUGAGCUGGAAUUAAUGCAUCUGGCUCAGUCCCAAUUAUUGAAGAUUAUCUUUUAAACGAGGGGAGAUAGCGGAAUUGGUAUGUCAAUCUUUUUUUUCGUGCACGUAUCGCUCUACAAAAAUGAUUCUCAUGAAAAUUCAUGUAUCUCUAUUCGUUUACUAGAUAUUUCGCGAUGAAUGAACUCAGGGGCUCAAUGGACUCAUUCUAGUUUAUGUCAAACUAACUAAUUGAGAAGAUCUUGAAAUGAGGAUUAUGUAUUGGUAUUUUCGAUAUUUAGGCGUUCAAGCCGGAUUUGAUUGACGGAAACAAUUUUUUUUUCUGGUGUAGGGGUUCGAAUUGUUUGACUCAUUUAACUCUAUUUUUUAUUCUGCCUGGGAAUCUUGUUUUUCUCCUCUGCAUUCACUUGUGGGAUGGACUCCUUUUGUCAAAUCCACACUUUUUUUUUAAUUUGCAACUUGUAGAGAAUUUUUUUCUCUUUUUUUUUAUAAUUCUCAUGUAAUAUUUUGUUUAUUUUUCAUUCGGUUGCUUUUUUUUUUAGUGAAUGGAUGUAAUUCUCGUGAUCUUCUCUCCUCAGUGGUUUUGACAUUUCACAGGAUUAAGAUUUUUUUUUUAAAACUCCUUUUCUCCAAUUUUCCCUAGAAAAAAAAAUCUUUGGAGACAAAAAAGAGAAUGAUGAAUCGUUUUGCAUCAAUUAUUUGGGAGAAAAGACACAUUUGUUCAUUUUGAAAAUGAAUAUUUGUCUUUUUGGAUGGAAUAUCCAAACGCACAAUAUCGUAUUUUUGAAAAAAUACCAUUUAAUUAGGUUGAUUAAUGAAGAGAGUUCAUGAAUUUAUUAUUAAGUUUAAAUUAGUUUAAGA